UCCAUUAAUGGAGGAGAACCAGAGAAGCAGGUUCAAAAAAGUUUGUGUCUUUUGCGGAAGCCACUCUGGUAAUAGAGAAGUCUUCAGUGAUGCUGCCAUCGAACUCGGCAAUGAACUCGUGAAGAGGAAGAUAGACUUGGUUUAUGGAGGAGGAAGUGUUGGGUUGAUGGGUCUUAUAUCCAGGAGAGUCUAUGAAGGUGGUUUCCACGUUCUCGGGAUCAUUCCCAAAGCUUUGAUGCCAAUUGAGAUAUCUGGUGAGACAGUUGGAGAAGUAAGGGUUGUCGCUGACAUGCACGAACGCAAAGCUGCAAUGGCUCAAGAAUCUGAGGCCUUCAUUGCUCUCCCUGGAGGUUAUGGAACAAUGGAGGAGCUGCUGGAGAUGAUAACAUGGUCACAACUUGGUAUCCAUAAGAAGACGGUUGGUAUAUUGAAUACUGAUGGCUACUAUAACAACUUGCUUGCUUUAUUUGACACGGGCGUCCAAGAAGGUUUUAUCAAACCAGGGGCACGUAAUAUUGUGGUUUCUGCACCAACAGCCAAAGAGCUUAUGGAGAAGAUGGAGGAAUAUACUCCUUCACAUAAGCAUGUUGCAUCCCACGAAAGCUGGAAUGUUGAGGAACUUGGAGCUUACCCUGGACAACAAAGCAAGCAGCCAUAAAGAAGAAAAACAUUCUUAUUGAUUAGCAUAUAUGCUAUGCUACUUCAUUUUCAAGUUUAGUAUGAUUUUAUUUAAUCCACAAUGUGUAUAAGAAAACUCAAAAUCUUGUUGCAAUUUGAAACAUCACAUUAGGGUCCCAAAUAGUUAAGUUUGGUUUUUUUGGGAUGCUUUCUCUAUAAAGAAGAAACUCAAUCUUUA